AUUUUCUAAAGAAUUUUCUCCGCCUCACCACUGUCCUCCUUCCCCCACGAAAGAAACUCCUAAUUCUUUGGCUGUAAUCACCCAACAGUCGCGAGGUUUCAUUGCUAAGUUGCGAAAUCUUUGAGAGCUGAUUCCUUUCUGCCUCGUCGGAGAUGGACAUCGCCGCCGGACUUCGGAGCAUCCAUCUCCGAUCGAGCUUCGUCUCCAGCUCUUCUCAUGCACGCGAAGGGAUGGCAAAGGUUCAAACUCGAUUCCGCUCAUGCUCUGCGCUUCCGGUAAAGCCCAGGCACUUGCAUCUCGCCUCACUGAAAAUGGCUGGCUUUAGUGGAAUAGAUGUUAGCUUUUGUCCUAGGACUCCGGCAGUGGCCGUCGAAACCGCGGAGACGGAGACUGACGCUGUAGCGGAGGACAUUGAGUUCCUCUUAUCGGAGAGUUCAACCAACAAAGGGUCGAAGAAAUUGGCGAAGAAGUCGAGCAGCGGGGCGUCGAGCGUAUCAUCAGGGAUUAAAUUAGAAAACAUCAGUAAGAGCUUCAAAGGCGUCACCGUGCUCAAGGACGUGAGCUGGGAGGUGAAGAAAGGGGAAAAAGUUGGGUUGGUUGGCGUUAAUGGCGCCGGCAAGACGACUCAACUAAGGAUAAUCGCGGGUUUGGACGAGCCGGAUGCAGGGAAUUUGGUGAAGGCCAAGGAAAACAUGAAGAUUUCUUUUUUGAGCCAGGAAUUUGAGGUCUGCCUAAACAGGACAGUGAAAGAGGAGUUCUUGAGCGCGUUUAAGGAGGAGAUGGAGAUAUCUGAGAGGCUGGAGAAGGUUCAAAAGGCGCUGGAGAGAUCGGUGGAGGAUCUGGACUUGAUGGGGAGACUACUGGAUGAGUUGGACUUGCUUCAGAGAAGAGCACAGGAUAUUAACCUUGACAUGGUGAAUGUGAAGAUUAGUAAGAUAAUGCCUGCGCUUGGAUUUGCUCCAGAUGAUUCUGAUCGGUUGGUUGCUUCGUUCAGCGGUGGGUGGCAGAUGAGGAUGUCCCUCGGAAAGAUUCUACUUCAGGAACCUGAUCUUCUACUUCUUGAUGAGCCAACUAAUCACCUUGAUCUUGACACCAUCGAAUGGUUGGAAGGUUAUCUAAAUAAGCAAGAGAUUCCUAUGGUUAUCAUAUCUCAUGACAGAGCUUUCCUUGAUCUACUAUGCACAAAGAUUGUGGAAACGGAUAUGGGAAUAUCCAGGACUUUUGUAGGGAACUAUUCUGAGUACUUGAUAUCAAAAGCAACAUGGAUAGAAACACAAUAUGCAUCUUGGGAAAAACAACAGAAGGAGAUUGAACACACGAAGGAUUUAAUUGGUAGAUUGGGAAGUGGAGCUAAUUCUGGACGUGCUUCCAGUGAAGAGAAGAAGUUGGUGAAACUUCAAGAUGAUGGGCUAAUUGAGAAACCUUUUCAGAGGAAACAAUUAAAAAUUAGAUUUCCUGAGAGGGGGAGGAGUGGAAGGACAGUCUUGACGAUAACAAAUCUUGAUUUUGGCUUUGGAGAUGAGAUGCUGUUUAAAAAGGCAAAUCUUAUAGUUGAGAGAGGUGAAAAAAUAGCAAUUAUUGGUCCAAAUGGAUGUGGAAAGAGUACCUUACUCAAACUAAUGAUGGGACAUGAGAAGCCCAAAGGAGGUGAAGUUUUGCUUGGAGAGCACAAUGUUUUGCCAAACUAUUUUGAGCAGAACCAGGCAGAGGCUCUUGAUCUCAACAAAACUGUCAUCGAGACUGUGGAAGAAGCUGCAGAAGACUGGAGAAUUGACGACAUAAAAGGACUUCUUGGCCGUUGUAACUUCAAAGCAGACAUGCUUGAUAGAAAGGUGUCACUUCUUAGUGGUGGAGAAAAGGCACGACUUGCAUUUUGCAAGUUCAUGGUAAAACCUUCUACCUUAUUAAUCUUGGAUGAACCUACCAACCAUCUGGAUAUACCAUCAAAAGAGAUGCUUGAGGAGGCCAUAUCAGAAUAUCAGGGCACUGUUAUCACAGUUUCUCAUGACCGUUAUUUCAUAAGGCAAAUAGUCAACAGAGUAGUGGAAGUGAAGAAUAACACUCUGCAAGACUAUGCUGGUGAUUACAAUUACUAUUUGGAAAAGAAUCUGGAGGCCAGGGAAAGAGAAGUAGAACGUGAAGCGGAGCUUGAUGCGAAAGCUCCCAAGGUUAAAGCCAAAUCUAAGAUGUCAAAGGAGGAGAAGGAAGUGAGAAAGAAACAGAAGAUGAUUGCUUUUCAGCAAUCCAAGUCAAAAUCAAAAGGAUUGAAGAAUGCUAAACGUUGGAAGUGAUACAUAUUAUUAUAUAUUAGACUUCUUAGUUUCACAAGAAAGUAGAAUGUUGUCCUUGUAAUUAACCAUUGGAAUAUGGA